AUAAUGCAAAAACAAAAAUAAAUAAAUAAAUAAAUAAGGGUUUAUUGAAUUUAAUUUAAUUUACUAAUAAUUAGGUGGACUCUGGUCUGGUUGAGACUGAGAGUGAAACACACACGAGCAGUGGUUAUUCUGAAAACAAAAGUUUCAAUUUGUUUUUGUGUCUCAAACAACAAACAACUAACAUUAUUAUGGGAAAUGUUAACGGGAAUCCUUCCGAACAACAUCUAGAAGUUGAAGAAGUUGAAGAAGAAGAAGCUAUUGCCGCCACUGUUCCUUUGAAUGGAGAUGGAGAUGGAGAUGGAGAUGGAAUUAUGAUGAUGAUGACUCACUCUCCCCCCACAAGCCCUAGAGCUACUCAUUCUCCACUCAUCUUCACUCCUCAAGUUCCUAUUGUUCCUUUACAAAGACCUGAUGAGAUGCAUCAUCAUUCAUGGUCACAAACUACUUCUUCUGGCUAUCAAGAACAUAUCUCCACUCAACACACUAUUCCUACCAUGAUUACUUGGACUUAUGGUGCCAAACAAAUUCUUGUUCAAGGAUCCUGGGAUAAUUGGAAUUCAAGAACUCCUUUGCAGAGAUCAGGGAAAGACUUUGCAAUAAUGAAGGUGCUGCCUUCUGGUGUUUACCAGUAUAGAUUUAUUGUGGAUGGAAGAUUCAGUUACGACCCGGAGUUACCUUGGUCCAAAGAUGAGGUUGGGAAUUUUUACAACAUAUUGGACUUAAAGGAUUAUGUUCCUGACGACAUUGGAAGCAUUUCUGGUUUUGAACCUCCUCAAUCACCAACCUCAAGUUAUGACAAUUUACCACCUAGUUCUGAAGAUUAUGCAAAGGAGCCACCAUUAGUUCCUCCACAUUUUGCAAUGACACUGCUAAAUGUACCUACGACAAAUAUGGAAAUCAAACCUCCUCUUCCAAGGCCUCAGCACGGAGUGCUCAAUCAUCUUUACAUGCAGAAAGAAAGUAGUACGAGUAGUACGAGCAGUACGGGCAGUAAGAGCAGUCCUUCAGUGGUCGCCCUCGGUACAACUCACCGAUACCAGGCCAAAUAUGUCACUGUGGUGCUUUACAAGCCUUUGAUGAAGAAGAGUUAAAUUGUAAACACAAACAUGAUGGACCCGUCAUUAACAUCAAGACCACUGCAUGAUAAUCAAAAUUAUAUUACAUUUUAAUUUAAUGCAAUUGCUUAAUGGCCAAUUAUCAGACAAUUUAGUUCCAAUUCUUACAUACUUGGUGAUAUUUUAUCUAGGAAUUUUUGUUGAGUGGUCAAAAGGAUAAAAUAAUUUACAUGUACUUCUUAUCACUUAUGCUGGAACAGCAAUUUGGUGGUUAAGCUAUUUUGCAGUUCAUAUCCACCAUAUUUGCAUUUUCAUUUUCUAGCAUCUCAUUAGAUUUUUUUUUUCUUCCUAUCUUAUUUUUCAGUUUAGUUGUGCACUCUGGUGGUUAGGUUCGGGUUUUCUUGCGGGUUUCAGCACGUGUUAGAAAUAUUUGUGAUCAUUCUCCAGGAAAUUGACUUUUGCUAUUAUAAA